AAUAUAUCAUAUCAGCCUCCAGGCAUUUUAGAAUCAGAUACCCCCAGUUUAAAUAAAGAAAUGAUAACUGCUUGGAUGCGCUAUUCUCAUUCCAGAGUUGUACCAAAGAAUUAUCAGCACAUUCUGGCCUUGGUGUUUGCUGUCAAGGAGAUCAAUGGGAACCCCAGUAUUUUACCAAAUGUCACCUUGGGAUUCCAAAUCUGUGACAGUUACUUCAAUGAAAGGAUGACCCACCAGGCUACUCUUGGUCUUCUUUCUAUUCGGGAUAGAUUUGUACCCAACUACAGAUGCAACAUGCAGAAAAAUCUAAUGGCAGUCAUUGGAGGACUAGAUUUUGAUACAUCCCUGCACAUGUCAUCAAUCUUGAUGAUCUACAACAUGCCCCAACUCAGUUAUGGUUCUUUCGCUCCAGAUGAUCAAAUUCAAGCACCUUUUUUCUACCGAAUGGUUUCAAAUGAAGCUCACCAACAUACUGGCAUUGUUGAAUUACUUCUUCAUUUUGGAUGGAAAUGGGUUGGAUUUCUUGCAGUGGAUAAUGAAAGUGGAGAGAUAUUUUUGCAGAAACUCCAGCUUCUGUUUGCUCAAAGACACAUCUGCUAUGAUUUCUCAGAGAGAAUCCCAAAAGUCACAUAUAUAGAGGAAUAUAUCAACAUGCAGAAAAAGUGGAUUCACAUCCAUCAAGUUAUAAUCAAAAGCAAAGCCAAUGCUGUUGUUGUCUAUGGAGAAAUAUUCUCCAUGUUUUCUUUACAAACAUUAAUCGGAUUAGGUGAAAUGGAAAAUAUGACUCAUUCAUCCAUGGGCAAGGUGUGGAUUAUGACUGCUCAGCUGGAUUUUGCAUCCACAUCUUAUCAAAUGAGGGAGGAUAUUCAUGUUUUCCACGGCUCCGUAAGUUUCACAGUUCCUCCGAGUGAAGUUCAAGGGUUCAAAUCCUUUCUCCAACAAAGAAAUAUUUUUCAAGCAAAUGAAGACAGUUUUCUGGAGCACUUCUGGACACAAACAUUCAGAUGUUUAUUUCCAGAUUCUAAUAUGGAGAAACGUAACAGUGAAUCCUGCAGUGGACAAGAGAAACUGGAGAACCUUCCUUCCUUGGCCUUUGAAAUGAGCAUGACUGGCCACAGCUAUAGUGUCUACAAUGCUGUCUAUGUUGUGGCACAUGCUUUACAUGCCUUGUAUCAAUCCAAGUCCAAACACAGAGCAGUAACGGAAAGAGAGAAACUGAAGUUUCAGGAUCUGCAUGCUUGGCAGCUGCAUCUUUUUCUUCAGUGGGUGGCGUUUAACAACAGUGCCGGAAAAACAGUGUUUUUGGGGAAGCACAAAGAGUUAAACACUGGAUUUGAUAUCACCAACUUAGUCACUUUUCCAAAUAAUUCCUUUCUGAGAGUCAAGAUUGGAACAGUUGAUGUGAUGGCUUCCCCAGGCAUGAGAGUUACCAUUGAUGAGAACAAAGUGGUGUGGCACCACAGCUUUUUUCAGGUACCACCUGUUUCUGUGUGUAACCCAAGCUGCCUUCCUGGUUCCAGCAAAAAGAAGAAGGAAGGGGAAAAAUUCUGCUGCUAUGAUUGUUGUCCAUGUCCUCCAGGCAAAGUUUCACCUGAGAAGGACAUGGAUGUAUGUACCAUGUGUCCAGAAGAUCAUUAUCCAAACAAGAAUAAAUCUCAUUGUAUUCCGAAGACAAUCAACUACCUCUCAUUGAAAGAACCUCUGGGGAUAAGCUUAGCUAUUUUUGCUGUUUUGUUUUCUCUGCUCACAGUCCAGGUCCUGGUCAUCUUCAUUAAGCAUCAGGACACCCCAAUUGUCCACGCCAACAACCGGGAUCUCACCUACGGCCUCCUCUUCUCCCUCUUGCUCUGCUUUCUGUGCACCUUCCUUUUCCUCAGCCCACCCAGAAAAGUGACCUGUCUUCUCCGACAAGUGGCUUUUGGAUCCAUUUUCACCAUAACCAUUUCUUGCAUCUUGGCCAAAACCAUCACUGUGGUUCUUGCUUUCAUGGCCACCAAACCAGGAUCCAGAAUGAGGAAAUGGAUGAGCAAGAGACUGGCCAUUUCCAUUGUGUUUUAUUGUUCUCUAUUCCAAAUAGGCCUUUGUGCUUUGUGGUUGGGAAUCUCCCCACCUUUCCCGAAUCAAGAUACACAUUCCAUUUUUGGAGAAAUAAUACUUGAAUGUAAUGAAGGAUCAGCCACCAUGUUUUACUGUGUGUUAGGUUACAUGGGCUUUCUAGCUACAAUCAGCUUUGUUGUAGCCUUUUUAGCCAGGAAACUGCCCGACACUUUUAAUGAGGCCAAAUUCAUCACCUUCAGCAUGUUGGUGUUUUGUAGUGUUUGGGUAUCAUUCGUUCCUGUCUAUUUAAGCACAAAAGGAAAAUACACAGUGGCUGUGGAGAUCUUCUCCAUCUUGGCCUCCAGUGCUGGUUUACUUGGCUCCAUCUUUGGCUCCAAGUGUUACAUUAUAUUAUUCAGACCUAAUCUAAACAAUAAGGAGCAACUAAUAAAGCGGAAAUGCUGA